AUGGAGCACUACAUCCGUCUCCUCACUACCCAACUCACCACCUACACCUCCCAAGGCGGUCAUCUCCACAUCACGCAACGCGAAGCAACACGAAAGAUCGUUGCCGACACCGACGCCUACCUGUGCUCUAUCGGGCUGAUCCAGCAUGCUGUGUAUGACAUGGUCGUCGCGCAGGUUGCGGUGGUGUUUCGUAGGUAUGCGGAUGCCUUUGUGAGGCGGCGCGAGGGGGAGAGCGGGACGGGGGAGACAGAUUAUCCGCAUUUGUAG